CCGUAUAAAUGCCAACAGCUGAUCGCGAGACGCCACACUCACGGGAACACCUCGCGGACUGCAGAGAGAGAAGAGAGGGGGAUACAGAGAGAGAGAGAGAGAGAGAGAGAGAGAGAGAGAGGGGACGCUGUUGAUCCACUCGGCCACACGGAGUCUUAUUAUUAUUUCUUCUGCCCACCUGAGUAGUCGUCAUCACCGGGAAUUAAGGACUAUUUCUGCGGCAAAGAGGGAAGGACAAGCCCUCCGACGUCUUUUUGAAAAUCUUCCUAAACCGUCCUUUCUUUUCCCCCCUUCUUAUUUUCUUCGCAUCCCUCCCUCCUCCUCCUCCUCUUCCUCUUUCUCCUCCAUCUCUUCUUCCUCUUCUUUAAAGGGGCCCGAGAGCCGCCGCACGCGCAGCAGGGUGCCUUCCACCGCCUGUUAUUUUUGUUGUUUGUGUGUGUUUGUGUUUUGCCUGCUCGCGAGCCCCUGCCCUCUGGUCUGCCUCCUGCCCGCGAGCACAGAGUGCGCGAGGCAACCUCCCCGGAGGGAGCUGUCCGGUGCUGAAGUUGCAUUUCUCACCCUCUCUGCACGAGGACUAAAAGCAGGGAGACAGUCAGAGAGACAGAAAGAAGAGGAAAGAAAUCCUAACUGAGCGGUGUGUGAGCGUUCAGCUGUUCCACCGGAUCAACUCACAGCCUCGCGCUUCCUCCCAAAAUCUGAAGACAAUCUUCCGCCGGUUCGCCGCGUCUUGUUGGUGUGUAACGGGCGAAUCAGCACGCUGGCCAGGCCGUCGGCGAACGGCUGUGUUUGUGAGUGUGUGUUGUGUUUGUGAGUGUGUGUGUGUGUGUGUGUGUGUGUGUGCGUGCGUGUGUGUGUCGGUGUCGCACCACCAUGCCAAGGUCUUUCCUGGUGAAAAAGGUGAAACUGGAUGAUUUCUCCACCGGAGCGGAUUUGGAGAACGUCUACCGGCACAGGACAGACCUCAGCUUGCGGCUCCACGACAAAGCUGGGUACAUCAGUGACUACAUCAGCCCUGUUGUGUACGAUGGUGAGAGCGAUGGUGGGCUCAAGAUGCCCUCCCCUGACCCCCUCUACGAUGGUAUCCACAGUGACUACGGGGCCCCUGACUCUGAGUCCCCUGACAGUCCUGGCUCAGAAAUCACCGAUGGUUACAUCAACGGAGAUGCUGCAGUGAGUGAGGGUUACACAGUCGACGCCUUCUUCAUCACCGACGGCCGCUCGAGGAGGAAAGCUAUCAGCAGUCCCAGGACCAUCCAGAGGCACACCUGCAACGAGUGCGGCAAAACCUAUGCCACGUCUUCCAACCUGAGCCGGCACAAACAGACACACCGCUCGCUGGACAGCAAGCUGGCAAAGAAAUGUCCGACCUGCGGUAAGGUGUACGUGUCCAUGCCCGCCAUGGCCAUGCACCUGCUCACUCACGACCUCAAGCACAAGUGUGAUGUGUGUGGGAAGGCGUUCAGUCGACCCUGGCUUUUACAGGGCCACAUGCGCUCUCACACGGGCGAGAAGCCAUUCGGAUGCGCCCACUGCGGGAAGGCCUUUGCUGAUCGCUCUAACCUGCGUGCUCACAUGCAGACCCACUCGGCCUUCAAGCACUUCAAGUGUAAACGCUGCAACAAGACCUUCGCGCUCAAGAGUUACCUGAACAAGCACUACGAGUCUGCCUGCUUCAAAGGCCCCUUCUCUCCCCUCGGCCCCCUAGAUGCAUGACCCCCCUGCAUAGAUGAAACAAGAGACAAAACUGCAGACAUAAAUUACCAUUAUCCUUACAGACUGAACUGCAGACACAAACAAUCUAUUUUUGGUCAGAAUAUGACCUUGCUUUCCCUCCUCCCCCUAUCUCACCUCCCCCCACUUUGCUUUCCCUUGGAGCCUAUUCAUGAUGAUGAAGAUAGCACAAUUUUUCUCCUUGAGAUUUGCCCACUUAAGGAUUUAACUGAUCUACGCAUGCACUUCCUCAAAAACUUUUCACCUCCUCUUCCUGUCUGUUCUGGAUGGAGACAAUAAUACUAACACGGCUUCCUUCUGGCAUCUAGAUACAGUAUAGCGUCAUAUAUUUUGGGACAGUGAUGAUGAUGAUGAUGAGGAUGACGACAAAGACAAUUGUAAGCCUCUAGCUACUGGGUUCCUCCCUGCACUGAAACGCAGUGAAAGAGUUUUCCCAUGAUUUUGAUUUUUGGGGGAAUAAUAGUAAUAAUAAUAGUAAUAAUAAUGAUAAUAAUAAUGUUCUGCUGCACCAAGUGACCAUAUUCUCUCCACUACUGAGGUAAAAUACUAUUUAUUUAUUUAUUUAUUUUAGCAUUUGUUUUUUUUUAUUUGUCUGUUUAUACUUGAUUUGAUAACAACAAAGUGAAACCGUUAACUUAUUUGUUGCACUUUAAUUUCUGUACAUGUAUGUAGGAUAUUUGCCAACCUCUUUCUAUCACUACAGGCCAAAGCAUAUGUCACUUUUUUGAGUAGUAUUUUUUCCUAUUAUGUUGUUUACCUUUUUUCUUAUUAACGUUAUUGCAUGCAAAAAAAAAAAAAUAAUAAUAAUAAUGAAAUCUAUGCCAACAUCAUAAAAAGCUUAUGAUUUUUGCCAAAUUCCUAUAGAUAGAACCUGAGGGCAAUAUUUUUCUCUUGGAGCCUCCGUAGGACUCUUUAAAAGCAAUAAUCACCUAAUGCAUGGUAUUUUAUGAUGAAGUUAUGAAGUAUUACCUACUACUGUAUAGCAGUUUAAAAAUCAGGUAUGUUUUACUUCACCUAUAGUCAUAAACAGAAAAAUACUAAUAUUACAGACAUCAGGGAACAUGCCAAUGUAGUGUUAGAGUAACAAAAAGAAAAGUCCUGUCUUUCCUCUCUUGUUAUGCACUGCCUGCCUCUUAGUGAGUAGAACUAAUGUAGGACGUAGGCUAGAGAGGCUGGGAUCAGCCGCCUGCUGGGUGUGAGGCCUAUUGUAGGAUAACUAUAACCCUGACAGACCUGUGCUAGGCUAACUCGAGCAUGAAAUAAGCCUGCUAACGAUAACCAGGGGAGGCCUAUUUUUGGAUUAGGCCUCUCGACAUUUUACUCAGAUUGGAUCAUUCACAAGAGUCCAAUGGUUUAUUAAAGGUUCUGGGAUGUUAAAAUGGCACUUAUGCCCUGUCUACAUGUACACAGAUAUUUUGUAAACGCAUACUUUGCUCCACAUUUCGUCCUCUUGUCCACACACAAAAACAGUUUUAGGUCACUAAAACAGAGACUUCUGAGGAGAGGAUUUUUCAAAGCUCCGCCUACUGUUUAUCUGCAUGGAGGUGAUGAUUCCCUCCAUUCACGCAUGCCUAUUGUUUCUUUGUGCACUAACAACAGAGGUGGACUACCUGUUUGUUUAUGUUUUAUUGGCCCUGCUCGGUCUAAUGACUACUUUACAUUUAAACUUAGUAUUGUUGCACCGCUUCAUGGACAAACAGAGGUGUCUGCUGCACCCAGUGUUAUUUGGUCCACCUUUGCCCGUUUAAGUUUUUCCUUAUCCGCUGUGAGGGUCCAAAGGACAGAGGGAUGUCGUAUGCUGUAAAGCCCUCUGAGGCAAAUUGUGAUUUGUGAUAUUGGGCUUUAUAAAUAAAAUUGAAUUGAAACUGAAUUGAAUUAGAAUCCGCGGUUUUAAGUCCACAAGAAACAGCAGUUUUGGAUCAGACGUGGUUGAACCAGCAGAUGGUGGGACAUUUUCCAGAGUGAGAUUCUUGUUGAUGAGGAAUUUCGUAUGUCCAGAGCAUCAAUCGUAUCUUUAAGUGAGCCUUAAAUAUCGAAGGGGAAUUAAUGGUGAUGAGAUCUCCAGUAGGUGUUUUGAAAAAGGGUGUUAGCCUGUCCACUUUACCACCCGUGUGAAAUGAGGGGAGACUGCUAUAGACACCUAACGCUGGAGAGUGUUUGGAGUUGUUUGUAUGCCAGUGUGGACAGAGAUAUUUUCCAAAACAAAUUUUGUGUGGACAGAUUUUUUUUUUUAAAUGGAGAGGGAACAUAUCUGUUUUCAAAAAUAUCUGUGUACAUGUAGACGGGGCCUUAAAUGUGUUGACAACACAUGUUCUGUGUCAUGCAUCCAAAUAACAGUAGGCCUUUAACAGACCUGUAUAUCUCUGUCCUGAUGCAAUACAGCAAUCAGAUUGGAGGACAACCCAAAAUUAAAGUAAGCACAUGGUACUUAACAACUCUCAGUAUACUUUCAAUGGAAAACCAAGUCAAAGUUUGGUGUUGAAGUUGGACCGAGGUCAACUUAAAAUGCAAUGCAUUAUUCAACUACCUUUCCAGUGCACUUCCAAACCAUAAAGCGUGCAUUCUUAAACCACAGGAAAAGCAUGCACUUUAGCUGGAUGGUCCGAUUGAAGCUUAACUGUUACAGUCCAAUAGGUACAUUAGGCCCAGCCCUGAUUAUUCUGCAGUAGGCCCCAUUUAACCCUACUGGGCCGACCAUGGGUGAACUCUAUGAGAGAUAUACCUACAGACAGGCUAACUCUAAUCAACCCCAACCCGUAGAUGGUUUAACCUUUGAUCUAGGUGGCCAAUACCAGUGUUGCUGAACCCAGUUCUCUGCAGCUCAGAAACCUUUUCUACAGAUUCAUGGAGCUUCCUGAGAGACAGACUGAGGACACACAGAUCUGCACAAAAAAUGAAGUGCUUGUUUAAAUGCCAUAUGUAUUCAUUGUAACCUAGGCACACAUGCGCACAAGUGCAUGUGUGCAUGCCCACACAUGUGAGUACACGGUGCCUGCUGAUGAGCUGAGAGACACAGGGAGAAUAUGUGUCUGCAGUCAAGCUUCCAACUACUGAAAAGAAACAGGUUUAAUAUUCAGAUGUGAAUCUCUGACAAAGGAAGUUUUGAUAAUUGCAGCGCUUCCUCAGGCAUGAGAUUACUCAAUUAGAGAAGGGGUUGACUGAUAUCCAACACAAUUUAGGGGUUUAGGGACAAAAGGAGAGUCUGCCAUGAUACAUGGACCCAUUACCUAAUUUCAUUUACACCUCAGAGAUAAAGUUUUAGGACCUGUGUGACAUCAAAGAUGAUCUGAUCUGUUUUGAAGUCAAAAAGUCAACGCUUGGUGAUGAAAGUGUUGCAGGAGAAGAUACAAUCUUUAAAUCUCUUACAAAGAAGCUUUUUUUGUUUUUAAUGUUGCUCACAAGUCAAUAAGAAAGAGGCAGUUUCUGUUGUGACGGGAGCAAUCAGUGUGUGAGUCAGCAAAUUACAGGUCUUAUCUCUCUCCCUGAUGUGUGAACUAGAUUCGAGCUGCAAUUACUUGAAUUGUAUCAGACGAUUAGUCAUAGCGCUUCAACUUCUUAGGGCUGAAAUGUUUUUCUUUUUUCUGUAACUUUUAAGCCUUGGCCAAAAUACUCACAACAACUAUACAUACACAAUUCAUUCUUGUUUCUGGGGCGUCAGAUACAGCAGCUUGGUCAGUGGCCCUCAGCUUCUGUUUGUGAUGUAUAAAACACCUUACAGCAAUAAGUGUGGUGUGUUGUGUAAUCCCUUGUGCAGCAUUAAUGUAGUAGAAACAGCGAGAAAGUCCACGUAGGGUUGGAGAGAGUGGUGGUGGAUCGGUCAAACACACACCGGACUUUCAACCAGGAGAUCGUUGUUUGUGUCUCAAGCAAAAACCAAAAGUCAAGUUGAGUUUUUUUCAACCACAAAACAUAGUUAUUGGCGUAUGUCAGGUGACAUAGUCCUCAUAUCACAUAUUUGUGAAGUUACAGUUAUUUUAAGUCCAUGAUCAUUUUUAUAAAUCUAACCAAGUUGCCUAAACCUGAUGUAGUUUUGGUGGCGAAAUCUGUUUCCUGUGAAGACGUGAGUUUAUUUUGAGAGACACUGUAGCAUGUAAUGAGUGGAAACUGACACGGAAACUGACCUCUCCAAAACUGACUCUAGAGAGGUACCUAGAGGGUCAUAGUUUGAAGCAUAGGGCCACUGACCAAGCUGCCAUAUUAGACGAAUUGGGAGCAAGAAUGUGUUGACAUACAAGUUGUUAAAAAAAACUGCUUAAACACACUUACUACACAAAUACAAUGCUAAAUUAAAAGCACACGUAUGGCAGAGAGACCAUAUAUGCAAAGAAAACAAAAGCAUUGCCCUCAAGUGGAAACAGACAACUUUUCCCUCUCUAGCGUUUCCGAAUGGUAUUAUUGUUCGCGCUGCCGUCGCAAAAACAACUGGAUCAAUUUACAUUUUCCUCAGAGCCUAGCAACUAGAGAACCAACAACACAGGACACACUGCUUUUUUUCUGCAGUUACUCCCGCAGUAUCCGCAACUGGGGCUAGUAACUGCAACAAACCUUUAUUGAUACUCUUUGGUAAAUGGAGAUAGCUACAGAUCGCUACCAAGAGAAACAAAAGUGCUUUCCUCUUCCUGUUUUGGUUGCGCAAUGAUUGACGAACUCCUUUGUGUUGUAAGCCUUAAUUGUCCCAGGAGAUCAUACGCGGUGGCAGACAGAUUAAGUUGAAGCAUAAAAACUUGUCUAUUUUCACUUCAAUGCAAUGCAGAAACAGCGAUCCUUUGCAGAGACACGUGAAACAAUAUACAUUUAUUUUGAACCAUUUCUCACUUCCAUCUGAAUGAGAACAAAAACAGUACAAACACAGUUUCUACUGUGGUAAGUUGCUAAACAAACCACUGAGAGUCUCUCCAGCUGCGAUGUCUUCAGCUGUUUAAGCAUCACAAAUUGUAUCUAUGUGUGUUAAAACUCUUCACAACUUUGCACUGCAGCCUAAACAUCUUAAGGGUAUUUGGCUAAAUCUUUUUGGUGGUUGGGCGUUUAGGUGUUUGACGGGCAGGAAAGCUGCGUGUGUGCCGUGCGUCUGUCUGACUGUGUGUCUGUCUCUGGGUGAGCUCCAGGUCUGUUCUCUCUAAGCACUUCCAUUCUAGUCAUCUCCACCUUAAAGAAAGUAGCACAAUGAAACUAACUAGAAUUCAGGUAGAGAAGAAUUAAAAACCUUGUACUAGCUUGACCUCUCUUCUUUUUUUGUAUUUCCAAGUUAAAGAAUGAUGAUAACCUAAAUAAUCAUUUAUUGCAAGAGGGUUUGUAAAGAAUCCUUUGGAUUGAGACAUUUUUACUGCUGUAUAGCGAUAUCUAACACACCUUAUCUCAGGAGGUUUGGCUCUCUGUUGCAGAGGGAGGAUCUCCUGGGGUUUUUUUUGAGCCAGAAUUCAGACAAUGUAAGCACAAUGAACACAAAGCAUUUUGUGGCACUUCAUAAUAAAGAAUAAUCUUAACCAAC